GGAUAAGUGCGAAAGUUACAAACUAAGUUAAGAUAUUUAGAGAAAUUUUGUUACGAUGAUACCGGUGUUGAAUAAGGUUGUGUCUAAGUUCGACGAGAGACUUAUCAAUAUUUCGUACGUUUUUGAACACCCGGAAUCUAUCACAAAUCAAAGCCUUUCGUACGAGGCGCAUGUUCUACGAGAGUUGAAAGAUAUGAAGAUGACAGUCGCCUACUACGUCGUGUCCAGUGAAUCCAUGAACCGGCUUUUACAGCGCACCGUCGAUGUGUGCUCCUAUGUCAAGCGUCCGAACUCGGAUCGGCUCGUCAAGGUGCUGUACGAUCACAUGACCCGCAACAAUCGGCUGCCGAGCGUUUGCCCGAUUCCGGCACGGGAAAGGUUUUACAUACGCGACCUGCGCCCUGCCGCCAUUACUAUACCGGGCUUUCUGCCCGAGAAUAACUUCAUAUUUGAUACCAGCUUCCAUACCGGUGCGUUACUGCAACCGCUGUUCCAGCUGCGUUACCACGGCAGGUUGAUGCGAAUCAUCAAUGGUAACAUUUUUCCUACCGUACAACCACAGCCUAGCAAAAGGCCCAAGCCGCCAAUGAGCGAUAAAUAGAAAUUAUAGCAACACUAUCUUGAUGUUACAUGGUAGAUUACAG